GGUGAGCUGUGGCUGGUCUGGCCAGCUGGCUAAUGUUUUGGAGAACAUAGCUAAUAGCUAGCCUAGCUACACUGUAAGCUUGUUAACCACAGUUGGUCAACACAAUAUACAAACAUCGGAGAAAAUAUACCAUAAUUAUACGAGAUAGUUUCAGUUGCUAGUAAAAGUCGAAUAUAUGUAACUUGCUAAGUCGACAAGAACAUUCCGACCGUAGCAGUGGGAAAAGACCCUUUGGUGACUGAGACCAACAAACACCAGUGUGAAGGAGAGGAAUGAAGGCCUGAUCUUUGAGAUGACUGUCUACCCAAAGAAUUCGGUGCGGAUCUUAUCUGCCCGGGAGCGUGGGGCCCGUGGCCUUGGUUCCCAGCGCCUCCUGCAGCAGCUUGUUGAGGAGAAGACCCGGCGGAUGAAAUGGCAGAGUCAGAAAGUGGAGUUGCCGGACAGCCCUCGUUCUACCUUCCUGUUGGCUUUUAGCCCAGACAGGACCUUAAUUGCCUCCACUCAUGUCAACCACAACAUUUAUAUCACCGAGAUUAAGACAGGAAAGUGUGUUCACUCUCUGGUGGGCCAUCGCCGCACUCCUUGGUGUCUGACUUUUCACCCUACCAUCCCUGGUUUGGUGGCUUCGGGAUGUCUGGAUGGAGAGGUUCGCAUCUGGGACCUGCAUGGUGGCAGUGAGAGCUGGUUCACUGAGAGCAAUGUGGCCAUUGCCUCCCUGGCCUUUCACCCUACUGCCCAGCUCCUUCUCAUAGCAACAAACAAUGAGGUUCACUUCUGGGACUGGAGUAGGAGGGAGCCAUUUGCCCUGGUCAAGACUGCCAGCGAGACAGAGAGAGUCAGACUGGUGAGGUUUGACCCACUGGGUCAUUACCUGUUGACCGCUAUAGUGAAUCCCUCUAACCAACAGCAGAGUGAUGAUGACUCUGAGGUCCCCAUGGAUAGCGUGGAGAUGCCCCACUUUCGCCAUCGAUCCUUCCUACAGUCCCAACCAGUCCGCCGUACACCCAUUCUCCACAACUUUCUGCACAUCCUGUCAUCGAGGAACUCCGGCUCACAGUCUGAGGAACAGCAUCCUCCUGCACCCGCUGCCAAUAGUGCUGCUGACUCUCCUAGUCUUCCCUCUGGACAUUAUUCUGCCCUGCGGAAUCGCUCCCGACCCCCCUACCAGGGUUGUGUGCAACACCUUGGUAUGGUUUGCUUCUGCAGUCGGUGCUCUGCCACCCGAGCCCCUUCACCAUCUGGAGAGGACCCCUCUGACCCUGAGAGCCUGGAGGCCCAGUCUCAUGCCUCCACCUUCUCCUCUGCUCGCACUGAGCCCCGGCAGCCCUCUGAGCCUCGCUCCUCACACCGUCCCUCUGCCUUCAGCAGUGUGUACGGCAGUGCUAGAGGACACUCUUUACGCACUCCAUCUUCAGGCCCUGGCCAGCGCAGCAUCCCAGGCCUUAUAACCAACCAGGGCCACCAGCAGCCAGGCCUGGAGUGCUCUGGGCGACUGGCAGGAGCAGACUGGAUGGGCAGCAUGCUCAACAUGCGGCCUGAGCGUAGUGGGGGUGUUGGGGCAUCUCCACCCAGGACUAGUGCAUCCUCUGUCAACCUGCUGUCUGUGCUGAGGCAGCAGGAGGGCUCCUUUCAGUCGCCUGCCUACACCUCUACCACAGAGGGAGGAAGCUUGCCCCCAGCAGUAGUGAGCCCUCACACCAGUGGAAACAGCUCUGUAGAUGGACCCAGCACUAGUAGUGGACACCACUCUCUUGGGGAGGGAGGGAGCAACAGCCCCACCUCGAUCCGUAACGUGCUGCAGUGCAACUUGAAUCGCUACUUCAUGGAGUAUGAUCGCAUGCAGGAAAUGGAGCAGUCAGGUGGUGCUGGUGGAGAGAGCAGCCAAGAGCAACAGACACGGGAGAUGCUCAAUAAUAACAUAGAGUGUGAGCGGCCUGUCACCCCCCAUUAUCAGCCCCCCAACAGCAGUGAUGGUGGUUCUGGUCCCUCCCGCGGCCAUAUGAACCGCUGCAGGGUCUGCCACAACCUGUUCACGUUUAACCAAGGUACACAGCGCUGGGAACGCACCGGCCAGACCCCAUCACAAGAGGAGGGGAGCACCUCAUGGCAGCCCCCAAGCCCCAACCCUGCCUUUCACACAAUGAGGCCGACGGUGCUACAUGUUCCCCAGUCCUCUGACGGGAGACAGUUAUUACAGCCACAGCCCAGUGCUGAUGAACCUGGAGUGGACACAGCCUUCACUCACCGGGGAUCCCCUAGCUCACAGAGAGAACAGGCGGUGGGGUUGGUAUAUAACCAGGAGACAGGCCAGUGGGAGAGAGUUUACCGACCGUCUGUCAGUCCAAGUCCAGCGGUGAAUGUACCACAAGAGGCCUUAAACCAAGAAAUGCCUGACGAAAACCACGAUGACGAUUACCUGAGAAGGAGGCUUUUGGAGUCAUCUCUUAUGUCGCAGUCUCGAUAUGACAUAUCUGGCUCCCGGGACCAUCCUAUUUAUCCAGAUCCUGCCAGGUUGUCCCCUGCGGCAUAUUAUGCCCAGCGGAUGAUUCAGUACUUAUCUCGGCGGGACAGCAUUCGCCAACGAUCACUGCGCUACCAGAGCCGACUGCGGCCUCUCUCAUCCACCUCGGAUAGCCCAGGAAGCAACCCCUCCCCCUCCGUUGAGAACAACGAGGUGGACUUUGAGGAGUUUGAGGAUAACGGGGAUCGUGCCAGACACAGAGCUCCACGCAACGCUCGUAUGUCUGCCCCCUCGCUUGGCAGAUUUGUUCCCCGGAGGUUCCUACUGCCUGAGUACCUGCCAUAUGCUGGGAUCUUCCACCACGAGAGGGGCCAGCCUGGCCUGGCCACCCAUUCCUCCGUCAACAGGGUCCUAGCAGGUGCGGUUAUCGGUGACGGUCAGUCAGCUGUGGCCAGUAACAUCGCCAACACCACCUACCGCCUCCAGUGGUGGGACUUCACCAAGUUUGACCUGCCUGAAAUCAGCAACUCCUCUGUCAACGUGCUGGUGCAGAACUGCAAGAUCUACAAUGACGCCAGCUGUGACAUCUCUGCAGAUGGGCAGCUCCUGGCCGUGUUCAUACCCAGCAGCCAGCGGGGCUUCCCAGAUGAGGGCAUCCUGGCUAUCUACUCUCUGGCGCCUCACAACCUGGGAGAGAUGCUCUACUCCAAGAGAUUCGGUCUUAAUGCCAUCUCUGUCAGCCUGUCCCCGAUGGGCCACUACGUGAUGGUGGGCUUGGCCUCCCGCAGGAUCCUGCUCCAUCACACUACAGACCACAUGGUAGCGCAAGUGUUACGCCUGCAGCAACCCCAUGGUGGAGAGACUUCCAUGAGGAGAAUGUUUGAUGUGGUGUACCCCAUGGCUUCUGAUCAGCGGAGACACGUCAGCAUCAACUCGGCCCGCUGGCUCCCAGAACCUGGCCUGGGGCUUGCAUACGGUACCAACAAGGGAGACCUAGUCAUCUGCAGACCUGUAGAUGCCAAGUCAGACGGAGACGGCCCCGCUGAGCACAGUGAGCCCAUAUUUGCUGUCAACAACAAUCGAGGCAAUGGUACCGGUGGGAGCCGCGAUGGAGAGCGACCAGGGAGCAGCAGGGCCCCCUUGAGGUCUGAAAGGGACAUGAGACUUAUGAACGCCAUCGGUCUCCAGCCCCGUCACCCUACCCCCGUUGUGACCUCACAAGGCACACAGACACCCGUCCUACGUCUUCAGAAUGCCGAAACACAGACUGACCAAGAGCCACAGGUUCCCAGCACCUCCCGGGCCUCCCAAGCAACAAACAUCGGUGGACACAUAAGGGACCUUCAUCCAGGCAGCAGCACAGAAAUGGUGCCUGAGACGCCCCCGCACACACUGCAGGAGGAUGGCGAGUCAGCCGAGGCCUUCACAGAGGCCAGCAUCACCUUGGCUAACCCAGGGGAAUCUCAAGAGCAGGGCAGUGGGGAGGAUGCCGUUUCUCGGCUUCGCAGGCUGAUCGCCGAGGGUGGUAUGACGGCCGUGGUCCAGAGGGAGCAGAGCACCACCAUGGCCUCCAUGGGUAGCUUCGGUAACAACAUCAUCGUUAGCCACCGCAUCCACCGCGGCUCCCAGACUGGGACAGAGGUUCAGGAUGGGGGCAGAGACACUCAGGGCAGGGGUCAGGGUCUUGAUGGAGGUGGUUGGACGUCCUUCUCUCCGUCCCACCGCGGCACUCUGUCGUUCACAGAGCCCACCUCCCGUAUUCUGACCCACCACAGCAUGCAGCUGGGCGAGAUCUCAGGCUUCCUGUUAGAGCCCUCUGAGGCCCAUAGCCGAACAGUAGCACCUCUCCCCUCCCAGUACAUCACAGUCUCUUCUCAUCUCAGCCCUCAGGGGCCCAUUGGGGUGGAGGAGGGGGCCGAUGGGACCCCUAUGGACACAGACGAUGCGUUUGAGGGUGUGGGACUUGUCGAUGAUCUAGAUCUACACUUGCCCUCUGCUUCCUCCUCCUCUUCUUCAACCCUGUCCCCUGUUGUCUCCCCUCUUGACAACAACUUCAGCGCCAGUUACCAUGGAGACCCCUAUAGUCGAUAGAUGGUCAUGUGCUUUCCAUACCCAUCUGAUCUCUACCUGGAAGACUCUCCUCCGUCUAGCCUUAUUACAUUGACUACUGGUUUUUCUGGAGGCUUUCGAAUCCCGACAUUGAAAUUAGGCACUUAAAACUUCAUCCCACUCCUCCAUUGCCUGUCCAGUUUUCUAUCCAAUAGUAGGCUGGAUGAGACUUACCUUCAACCUAGGAUUAGGCUCGGUCUCUUUCUUGGAUGUGGUGUUCCUUUGCGUUCCCUGACCACUUUCAGACUUUUUUGUCAUUGCCUAAUUGAGAGCAAGAAUCCAAAGCUACAGUUUGACCAUUCCAUUGGAGAGAGGUGGACCUGAAUGACUCUUUUACAAUCAGGGUUCAGAUCGGUGGUUGUCGAAAGCCACCUGGAACCAAAUUCCAUGAUCAAAUUGCAACGUUCUUGAAAACGUGUUAGGACUCUGCCCCUUGCUCACUAUUAGCAAGAUGCUGGUAUAGUAGAAGCACAUUUUAUUAACCAAUCACAUUGUUACAAUUUGAUUGUGAAACUGGAUGAUUCUGUCUAUAAGUUAUAUUUAUUGUGUGUGUGAGAGAGGAUGUUCUAUGUCACCCUUGGUAGUUAUAAAACGUUUCAUUCUAGUCGUCAUGGUGGAUUAGUGGUUUGCAAAGACGUAGUUGACCCAAGAUAACUAUGAAUCUCUUGUACUACAUCGGAGUAGAAUUUAGGGAGAUCACAUCCACAACAUGCUAUUCCAAAAAUGUUUGUUAUUAUCGCCGUGCGCUGUUCAUGACAAAAUAAUUCCAGACUUAUUAUUUUUUUGCUUAUUUAUGAUAUCAUAAUCACCUUCUCAUUUAGACUUCUUUUGAAGACAUUGAUACUGCCUGACUGAUAAACUGCCCGUUUUUGAUUUGGAAAGUUCAAAUAGGGUACGCACAAUGCCGUCAGGAGAACACCUAAUCGUUUUUUUUACCCCUUUUUCUCCCCAAUUUCGUGGUAUCCAAUUGUUUUUAGUAGCUACUAUCUUGUCUCAUCGCUACAACUCCCGUACGGGCUCGGGAGAGUUGAAGGUUGAAAGUCAUGCGUCCUCCGAUACACAACCCAACCAAGCCGCACUGCUUCUUAGCACAGCGUGCAUCCAACCCGGAAGCCAGCCCUACCAACGUGUCGGAGGAAACACUGUGCACCUGGCAACCUUGGUUAGCGCGCACUGCGCCCGGCCAGCCACAGGAGUCGCUGGUGCGCGAUGAGACAAGGACAUCCCUACCGGCUAAGCCCUCCCUAACACGGACGACGCUAGGCCAAUUGUGCGUCGCCCCACGGACCUAAUUGUGCGUCGCCCCACGGACUUCCCAGUCGCGGCCGGUUACAACAGAGCCCGGGCGCGAACCAGAGUCUCUGAUUGCACAGCUGGCGCUGCAGUACAGCGCCCUUAACCACUGCGCCACCCAGGAGGCCCCCCUAAUCGUUUUUUUAUUUAAAACAUUUUUUCUCACAUUUUCAAACAGUACAUUUAUAUUUUCCAACUGGGCUAUACAUUUAGGUGAGGUUUUUUUCUCUCACUUGAGUAGCCUCGUUUCACUGCCAAAAAUACAAUUAAACCAUCUAGUGUUGAGCGAAAUGACAACACAAUGUCAAAUGCAGGUAGCCUAGUCAAAUAUUAACCUCCAAUCACAUUAACCGUUUCUCUCUCACGGGAAACCUUCACUCUCUUGCGCAUAGAUUUAGAAACGAAACAUGACCAUUUGAAAAAUAAGCCACGGGAGUUUUUCGAGCGAGAAUCAAGACGACGUUCAAUAGUAAGACAUGUAUAAAAGCAACAGGUACAUUAAUAAGAAGGGUCUAGAAGCGUCUUAUAUUGUGAGCUACUGAGUGGCUAGGACAGGCAAGCCCCAUACUAUUGUGGAGGACUUAAUUCUUCCUGCUGCCGCAGAUAUGGCUGGUACAAUGCUGGGGGAAAAGGCCAAAAAAACGCACAGCUCCUGGUAUAUGUCCGUUACGUUUAUGGGGGGUCAAUUAAGGAAGACAUCCUCUUCUGCAAACCACUGGAAACCAGGACAACAUGGCUUUGGUGGUCAAGAUGUGUUGGUAUCUGUACUCAUGUAGCAAAAGCCAUGACAGGUAGACAUAGUGGAGUGGUAACGCGCGUGCAAGCAGUUGCUCCUGACACCACUUGGUUACACUGCAGCAUCCACCGGUAGUCUCUUGCUGCCAAGGGAAUGCCUGACUGUUUUGAAAGACGUUUUGGACACCACAGUGUAAAUGGUUAACUUUGUUAAAGCAAGGCCCCUGAACUCUCGUGUAUUUUCUGCAUUAUGCAAUGAUAUGGGCAGCGACCAUGUCAACAUACAGAGGUGAGCGGGUUAUCAAGGGGCAAUGUACUGACAAGCUUACAUUUUUCUUUACUGACCAUAAUUUUCACUUGUCUGAACGUUUGCAUGAUGACGAGUUUCUCACACGACUGGCCUAUCUGAGUGAUGUUUUUUAUCACCUGAAUGAUCUGAAUCUAGGAUUACAGGGACUCUCUGCAACUAUAUUCAAUGUGCAGGACAAAAUGGAGGCUAUGAUUAAAAAGUUGGAGCUUUUUUCUCUCUGCAUUAACAAGGACAAUACACAAGUCUUUCCAUCAUUGUAUGAUUUUUUGUGUGCAAAUGAACUCAAGCUUACGGACAAUGUCAAAUGUAACAUAGCGAAGCACCUAAGUGAGCUGGGUGCGCAAUUACGCAGGUACUUUCCCGAAACGGAAGAUAAAAACAACUGGAUUCGUUAUCCCUUUCAUGCCCUGCCUUCAGUCCACUUACCGAUAUCUGAACAAGAGAUCCUCAUCGAAAUUGCAACAAGUGGUUCUGUGAAAAUAUAAAUUUAAUCAGAAGUCACUGCUAGAUUUCUGGAUAGGGCUGUGCUCAGAGUUUCUUGCCUUGGCAAAUCGCGCUGUUAAGACACUGGUGCCCUUUGCAAACACGUACCUAUGUGAGAGUGGAUUCUCGGCCCUCACUAGCAUGAAAACUAAAUACAGGCACAGACUGUGUGUGGAAAAUGAUUUAAGAUUGAGACUCUCCAAUACAAUCCAACAUUGCAGAGUUAUGGGCAUCCUUUCAAGCACACCCUUCUCAUUAACCCGUGGAGAGUUCUUCACACUUUUUGAUGAACAAAUACGGUUUUAUAUGUAAGAUGGCUAAAUAAAUAGCAACAUUUUUGAUUAUUAUUUGUGCCCUGGUCCUAUAAGAGCUCUUUGUCAAUUCCCACGAGCCGGGUUGUGACACAAACUCACACUCAUUCUUAUGUUUAAUAAAUGUAUUGUGUAGUGUGUGUGUGUGUGUGUGUGGCAGGCUUACAAUGAUGGUAAAACACAACAUUUGAGAGUGCGCUGACCCUGGUGCUAGAGGGGCUACGCAGCUGGAGGUUGAAUGUUUGAUGGGGUACGGGACUAUAAAAAAGUUUGGGAACCACUGGUCUAGCAUAUCUCAACCAUAUCGUUGAUGGCAAAUAUUGCCGAUAUUAGAGAUUAAUCGUAUAUUAAGCCAAACCGAGUAGCAUUACAAGAUGUUGCUACCAGGGAGUUGCCAGAUAAUACCAUUACCCUUUCCUCCCCAGUGUAAUGCCUGUAUCAGGUGUUCAGUAUGCAGUUGGAUGUGUGUGCAACAAUGGUUCAUAUGUUCCAUAAAGGAAAACUAACAUUCAUCAUGAUUGCUUAUGUAUUUAAAAGGUUGAUUUAAUAAUAACAGGGUACAGUACACAUGUGCUACCGGCAUUUAGAUCAUCAGCCCUAGAUCCGCAGCCUCAUAACUUCCCAAACUUGUCUUGAAAACACCCACAUGCUGUGCCAAGUAUUUGAAGUGAAGCAUUUUGACAAUGGUGUAACUCUUCUACACUGUCAAACUGUCACCCUAUGACUUGUGGCGGUUGUCUUUUAUACAGUAGGAUUCCUUCUCUAGAUCCACUGUGGUAUGUUGAGCCUAGUCAUCGAAGGCUAACUGGAAUUUGAAAAAAGGAGAUACUACAUAAUGUGUUGUACAUCCAGAAGGCUCUCUUUAAAAUUACCUGUUUGCCUCCCACUAGCUGCCCCGGGUGCCUUGAGGGUUGUUGUUGUUGUGACAGAGAGGCAGUUGGAGGUGCACAGGGGUGAUGAUGCGUAUAGCAUUCCGAGUCACCACAGGGGCAAAGCUCUCUAGGUUGAAUGGACUUUGUCCUUCAAACAGCUUUGUCAGGUCUUCGUCCUUUUUUAAAAAUUGGUUUGCCAAUCAGAAGUAAUCUGCAUUUCAAAAAAAAAAUGUACAUUUUAUUUAUUGUUUUUCCUAGCAAGGUGGUGGGUUUUGACAGUGAAAUAAACUGUGUUAAAUUAAUGAAUUUGGAACAGCUUACUGCAGCUCCAUGGUGAGUGGGUUACUUUUUUUGAUCUUUCGAUGUGAAAAGUAAUUGCAUUACGAACAGGUUUUUGUCUCUCAGCCACUGUUGGUCCAGCCAACUGGCAGUGCUUAUCGCGCUCUCAAAAGUAUAUUGUGAUUGUAUCUGUUGAGUUUAUUUAUGUUUUAAAGAUAAUGGUUCAAGAGGAAGAUAUGCCAAUUUCAGCCAUAACGUAAGGUUGAUCAUAUUUUUUCAUAUAAACUCACCAGUUGCAAUAGUCAUGUGAUCCUUGCCGUAGCAACUGUCCAUCACUGUUGUUCAGAUCACUUCUAGGAGAUCAAUGCACCAUUUGUCGGUUCAUAUGCUGAUCUUACUACAAACAUCUUCAGGAUUUUUCAUUGUCAAAAAGAUACAUAUAUUUUGUUGUUCAUUGUUUAUCCUAUUGUGAAAUUGUUAUAUCUUCCCAGUGUUUUCCUAUACUGUAUGACUGACUAUUCACUUCUACAAUGCCGAUCUUCAUUUUAAUUUGUCCUCAAUUAAGGGGUCCCAUUAUGGCUUGUAAUGACUCCUGUAAGGUUAUGGUAAAUACUAGAUUACCCCUCAUAGCGUCAGUCUGAGUGAAAUUAGAUUUGGACAAAUAUAUGCUUGUUGUUUGAGCCUGAAUGUGUUUAAUGUUAGUGUUUGAUCUAUGAGACUCAAUAUCCUUCUGAAUUUCUACAAAAAAUAAUCAGUUUACAACCACUUCUAACUGUCGACCCUUGGAAAGAGCAGAAGGCCCGAGGCUUAUUUACGGCACUUGGACUUGGGAUAACGGAGUGAUCUGGGUAGGAGUAGAAGGGGUGGAAAGGGAUACAGUGUUUGCAACAGACAAACCAAGAGACCCAUCAGGCAUCAGAAUGGUUCAGGCUAACCCAGAUCUGUCAGACUCUCUGCUCCUGAAAAGAUCCCCCUCCCCUUUGGAAACUGGAGCAGACAGCUGACACAGUUUUUUUCUUUUGUUUCCCCUUUGAUUUCUUUUUGAGCACUCUCAUUGUUUUUGUUGUUUUUGAACUUGUGGAAUUUACUGUUUUCUUUUGUAUUUGAAGAGGAUAUGAUUGACUGCAUUCUAGUGUCCUGUAGGUCAGGAGGAUAAUGGAAAGGAUGGGUUUUUAAACAGAAGGCAGGAGCUUAGUGGCUUCGUGGUGACUGUUGGGUGAGAUGAAGAGAAAUUGAGCAGUAGAGCUGAAUGCUGAUCCCUGUGGGUUCCAGUCCUGCUGGGUUUUAAUGUGGGAGAAAAACAGUGAGCGAAACGUCAGCAUUGGAUUUGGCCACCUUGAUCUUCAUACAGCAUUGUGUUAGAUAAGCUCUUCGGUUUCAGCUUUCACCUAUCUGUGCUUUUUAUUACUCGGUUCACCAACAUACAAUAAUCAGCAGCUUGUGUAUCAAUUAAAUCAAGACCACAGUUAAAUAAUGUAACUACAGUUUAUACAGUCGAAAUCUCCACAUACAGUUCUCCAGUUUUUCUACCGAUCACUUUCCACAGCCAAGGAUGUUUUGAGACUUCCAGGGUUUUUAUUUUCUGUGCAAUUUAAGGGCAAUAUGUAAUCACAUGACAUACUCAACAGAUUUAGUUAUACUGCUUUACACUGACCACACAACAAUAAUAAAACUGCACAACUGUUCACAGAUCAUCUCAAAAUCAUUGUAAAGACAUUACACUGCAAUAUUUUCGUACAGGUGAUAAUCACGUUUGUGCUUCAGAAUAAAAAUGUCUGUGACCUUCUGGAUAUGAUUGAAAUUUGGAUCAAAUCUGUUUAUUUUAUUUUUUUAUAUAUAUUUGUAAGUCAGAAAUGUGUUUUAUAAAAUGAGUUUCCUAAAUUAAUUACUUUAUGGAAAAUGGAAAAUCCUAAAGGUCGCGAGUGUAUUUGUUCUGUUGUCACUGACUCACCAUAGUGUCUUUUUCUCACAUGUAUCAGUAUGUGAUCUGCUGGGUGUACGUGCACUCAACAAGGAAGUGUCUUCAGUGGACCUGCUUUUGUUGUUGUAGGGGAUUGUGAUUUGAAGGGUUUUCUAUCUAAUUUAAAGGGUCAAAUGCAGUAUAUUACAGUAGUUGAUGUGCAACUAAGUGCUGUGAGAACACCAAAGAUCCUAGAAAAUAUAUGUUGACCAUAAACAAAUAAAACUACAAAUGUAAAACCUGAAACAA